UCCUGUAUUUUAUGUCUUCUGUGCGCACGCUAGCGUAUGGGAUCACGUGACUGCGAACAGGCGACUUCUCGCUCUCUUCCCUCUCCCGAAAAACGGCUCUACACCGACGUUCUUAUCUACGGCAACCACCGUGGGUUAAUUCGAAGAGAAGAAGUUGGGCCCCGAGGAUGGCUGGGAGUUCCGUGGGCUUGUAUCUUCGGUUUCCCUCUACCCACGGGCGCGAAAGGCACCACGUCGCGUGAUGGCAGCUGACUUGGGGAGAAGAGUCGGCCGCGCCUCUGAUGUGAGGAGUCAGGUGACACACAGACUGGUUUCACGUGGAUAUGACGCGCAGAGUCCAGCGGGAGGGGAACCAAGCGGUCAAGUCACGUGUUGCGGUGCCAGCCCCAGGCCCCUCCCCCAGAAAGGGCGGUCAACAUGGCGGCUGAGAGUUGGAAAGCGUCGGACGGCAGGGCUAGUGUUGGAUACUUCCAAGAGCAGUCGCGAAGAGAUCAAGAGAAUGGUGGAGCCAGGACAAGAUCUGUUGCUUGCUGCUUUGAGUGAGAGUGGAAUCAGCCCAAAUGAUCUAUUUGAUAUUGACCCUACGGACGUGGGCAUUGCAACUCCAGCACCAGCGCCAGCUGUUCAGCAGUUAGUGCUACUUAGUGCGUUAGUACUAGGCUUGGAGACUGAGGCAACAGUUGCUGUUAAACAAGAGCCAGAGACUGUAUCUACUCCAACACUAUUAAAUGUUAGGCAAACACCGUCAACCACAACCUUUGUGCUGAAUCAAAUAAAUCAGCUUCCAACUUUGGAGACUACAAUAGUAAUGACAAAAACCACACCUAUGAUGACUACUAGGCAGACCAUCACUGUAGCAAAAAUCAUUCAAACCAGCACAACUACUCAACCAUCAGUUGCAGCACCAGCAGUACGCAAUGCCUUGACCACUACACCUUCAAAAGAUCGGGUCCAUCUGAAAGAUCUGCUCAAAAAUAAUAGUCUUAACAAACUAAUGAAAUUAAAGCCACCUCUGAACAUUGCCCAGCCAGUUGCGACAGCAGCUACUGAUCUAAGCAAUGGUGCUGUAAAGAAGGCAGCUUCUACGAAAGUAGCAAGAAUAUGGAUAAAUGAUGUAAAAAUGGGAAGUUAUUCACCUACCAUGAAAGUUCCAGAAAUAAAAGAAGAGGAGGAACCCGAGGAGGAAGAUGAAGAAGAAAUGGGUCAUGCAGAAACAUAUGCAGAGUAUAUGCCAAUAAAAUUAAAAAUUGGCCUACGUCAUCCUGAUCCAGUUGUAGAAACCAGUUCGUUAUCCAGUGUAACCCCUCCUGAAGUAUGGUAUCAGACAUCAAUAUCUGAAGAAAGUAUUGAUAAUGGCUGGCUGUCGGCAUUGCAACUGGAAGCAAUUACUUAUGCAGCCCAGGUAGGCUGCACUAUAAUUUUAAAUCCUUUAUUUUUGAUAGGUGAUGGUGCUGGUGUAGGAAAAGGAAGGACCAUAGCUGGAAUAAUCUAUGAAAAUUACUUGUUGGGAAGAAAAAGGGCUGUAUGGUUUAGUGUGUCAAAUGAUCUGAAAUAUGAUGCGGAAAGAGACUUGAGGGACAUUGGAGCAAAAAAUAUUUUGGUUCAUUCAUUAAACAAGUUCAAAUAUGGAAAAAUUUCUUCAAAACAUAAUGGGAGUGUAAAGAGAGGUGUCAUUUUUGCCACAUAUUCUUCUCUUAUUGGUGAAAGUCAGUCUGGUGGUAAAUACAAAACCAGAUUAAAGCAGCUUCUCCACUGGUGUGGUGAUGACUUCGAUGGAGUUAUAGUAUUUGAUGAAUGUCACAAAGCUAAGAAUCUGUGUCCUGUUGGUUCUUCAAAACCAACAAAGACAGGCUUAGCUGUGUUGGAGCUUCAGAAUAAACUUCCGAAGGCUAGAGUUGUUUAUGCUAGUGCCACAGGUGCAUCUGAGCCACGAAAUAUGGCAUAUAUGAACCGUCUGGGAAUAUGGGGUGAAGGAACCCCAUUUAGGGAAUUCAGUGACUUUAUUCAGGCUGUUGAAAGAAGAGGUGUGGGUGCCAUGGAAAUAGUUGCUAUGGAUAUGAAACUGAGAGGAAUGUACAUAGCAAGACAGUUAAGCUUUUCAGGUGUGACCUUCAAAAUUGAAGAAGUUCUACUUUCACAGAACUACAUUAAAAUGUAUAAUAAAUCUGUGAAACUGUGGGUGAAUGCCAGAGAGAAAUUUCAACAAGCAGCUGAUCUUAUUGAUGCAGAGCAACGCAUGAAAAAGUCCAUGUGGGGUCAGUUUUGGUCAGCCCACCAGAGAUUUUUCAAGUACCUUUGCAUAGCAUCCAAAGUCAAAAGGGUGGUACAGCUAGCUCGAGAAGAGAUCAAGAAUGGGAAAUGUGUUGUUAUUGGACUACAGUCCACAGGAGAAGCAAGAACAUUAGAAGCCUUAGAGGAGGGUGGUGGAGAAUUGAAUGACUUUGUUUCCACAGCAAAAGGAGUUUUGCAGUCUCUCAUUGAGAAGCACUUCCCAGCUCCUGACAGGAAGAAGCUUUUUAGUUUGCUGGGAAUAGAUCUGACUGCUCAAAGUAAUAAUAAUUCACCCAGGGACAGUCCUUGUAAGGAGAACAAAAUGAAGAAACGGAAAGGUGAGGAAAUAACUAGAGAAACCAAGAAAGCUCGUAAAACAAGUGGCCUUGCUGGGAGCAGUUCUGAUGAGAGUGAAAGUGAGUCUGAUGCCUCAGACAUCGAAGAAAGUGACAAUGAGAGCUCCAAGUUUUUGAGUUCUGGAGAUGAUGAUGACUUUAACCCAUUCAGAGAUGAAUCCAGUGAGGAUGACGAAGAUGAUCCCUGGUUAAUUAGAAAAGACCAUAAGAAAAAUAAAGACAAGAAAAGGAAGAAAAGUAUAGACCCAGAUUCCAUUCAGAGUGCCUUAUUAGCUUCUGGUCUUGGAUCCAAACGACCUAGCAGUUUUUCUUCCUCUGUUACCACUGUUUCUAGUACCAAUACAUCAGCAAACAGUAAUACUAAGAGCAGCUUUGUAACAAGUCAGGAUGCUGUUGAAAGAGCCCAGCAGAUGAAAAAAGAAUUGCUUGAUAAACUGGAAAAACUAGCAGAAGACCUUCCUCCUAAUACAUUGGAUGAACUUAUAGAUGCACUUGGUGGUCCUGAGAAUGUGGCUGAGAUGACAGGCCGCAAAGGAAGAGUUGUAAGCAAUGAUGAUGGCAGCGUAUCGUAUGAGUCAAGAUCUGAACUUGACGUGCCUGUUGAAAUUCUAAAUAUCACAGAAAAGCAGAGAUUCAUGGAUGGAGACAAGAACAUUGCGAUCAUCUCAGAAGCUGCCAGCUCAGGUAUUUCAUUACAAGCAGACCGUAGAGCUAAAAAUCAGAGGCGGAGAGUGCACAUGACUUUGGAGUUACCAUGGAGUGCAGAUAGAGCAAUUCAGCAGUUUGGAAGAACUCACAGGUCAAACCAAGUUACUGCACCAGAAUAUGUGUUUCUAAUUUCCGAAUUGGCAGGAGAGCAAAGAUUUGCGUCAAUAGUUGCCAAAAGACUAGAGAGCUUGGGAGCUCUCACUCAUGGUGACAGAAGAGCAACAGAAACUAGAGACCUUAGCAGGUUCAACUUUGACAACAAGUAUGGCAGAAAUGCUUUGGAGAUAGUUAUGAAAUCCAUGGUGAAUCUAAAUUCACAAAUGGUGUCUCCACCUGCUGACUAUCCUGGAGAAUUUUUUAAAGAUGUUCGGCAAGGAUUAAUAGGUGUGGGCCUAAUAAAUGUAGAAGACCGAUCAGGAAUACUGACACUCGAUAAAGAUUACAACAAUAUAGGAAAAUUCUUGAAUAGAAUUCUGGGUAUGGAGGUGCAUCAGCAGAAUGCUUUAUUCCAGUAUUUCUCUGAUACGUUAAAUGCAGUUAUACAAAAUGCUAAGAAGAAUGGAAGAUAUGACAUGGGUAUUUUAGAUCUGGGUUCUGGGGAUGAGAAGGUCAGAAAGGCAGAUGCGAAGAAGUUCUUAACUCCAGGAUAUUCUACCUCUGGCCAUGUAGAAUUAUACACAAUCAGUGUAGAAAGAGGAAUGUCUUGGGAAGAAGCAACUAAGAUUUGGACUGAGCAAACUGGACCAGAUGAUGGAUUUUAUUUAUCUUCACAAAUGAGAAAUAAUAAGAAAACUGCCAUCUUGGUAAAGGAAGUGAAUCCCAAAAAGAAGCUUUUCUUAGUAUACAGACCAAACACUGGGAAACAACUCAAAUUGGAAAUGUAUACAGACAUGAAAAAGAAAUAUAAGAAGGUAAUGUUUUAAAUCAAUUUACUUAAAGUAGUUGCUUUGUGGUAAAAGAAGGUGCAGGAUUUUUCAAAACC